AUUCAUGAAAAACCCAACUAGCCAUUAAAAACUCAUAAUUCCUUCUUUAAAUCCUUCAAGAACUUCAACUAUCACCAUCCUCACCCCUAUUCCCAUUCUUGAGAAGCUUUCAUAUUUCCUUUUUUUUUUUUUUUUCUUUUGUCUACAUCAUUUGUGUUACCCAAAAUAAUUAUAACCAUCCAAAUCAAAUACCCUAAAGAAUUCGAUCGAGAUGGAAAACGCUGAAAGUUGGGGACGAGAUAUCGACGGUGUAAUCAGUCAGCUAAAUCACGGCAUGAAGCUUAGCAAUAGGCUAAAAAAGCAGCUUCAUCACCACUCAAAUCCAAGUGAUUGUGGCUUCUUGAUUGAGAAAAUCGUUUCUUGUUAUGAUAAUGCAUUACGACUGCUUAGUUACAUGGAUUCUCUUCAAAAAGGAGAAGAUUCAACUAAUUUGCUUCAUUUUGGUCCAACAACUGAAGGUUAUGUUCCUAAGAAAAGAAAGAGUUUGGAGAGAUGGAGUGAAGAAGUGCAUGUUUGUUGUGAAACAAGCUCUGAAGAUCAGCAUGAAGAUGGGUAUAAUUGGAGAAAAUAUGGACAAAAAGAUAUUUUGGGGGCUACUCAUCCAAGAGCGUAUUACCGAUGCACUUAUCGCAACACACGAAGUUGUUUAGCGACGAAACAAGUACAGCGAGGGGAAGACGACCCGUCUAUAUUGAAGAUCGUCUACAAAGGAAAACACAGUUGUGGUGUAAACCGGAGCAAAGAAAACGUCGUCGUUACCGCAGAAACCAACGUGGGCGAAUCCAAUCAACUCAUGAAACAUGAAUCACCACCGUUGAUCUUGUUGGAGCCAACAUCAAUGUCCACGUGUCACCUCAGCAACUUCCUAGAUCCGGAGACGACGUCGUUCCCACUUGGAGAUUUGGAUUUCUUAAUUGAUUUUGAUGCUUCUUUUCUUGAGGCUUCGUCUCAUGACUAUCUCUCACAUGUUCAACAAAGCAAGAUUUGAAGCUAAGGCCGUAGGUUUUAUGUGUUUAAUUUGAGAGACAUAGAGAAAUGGGAAUUAAUUAAUUAAUUUGUAUGAUAUAAUAUUAUUUAUUUAUGAGAGAUUUGAGGUAUUCCUCGGGUGAUAUUAAUACCAACUAGUGCCUAUUUUACCU